UGUCACCGCUCCGCCAUAUUGAAUUCUGUUGUGCUUCGGUGGAAAACAUUGUGAGCACGUGGAUUAUUGGAAAUUAAUUUAUUGAGUGAAAUUUAUAAGUACAUAAUUAAGAUCAGUUAGGUAUUUGGUCUUCUAACCUGUUUAGUUUUCUUAAUUAGGAAGUGACCCUAUUCUACAUUGGAUAUUAAAUUUAUUGUUAAAAGUGGCUCAUCACAAUGGCACCUUGUCGUCAGUUGCUUAUGUGGUCAGUUCCAUCAAUAGCAGUAUUACUGGGUAUUUUUUGGUUCAAGAAAAAACGGGAGUACGCAAAAUCUGACCCAGGUGGAAGAGAAAAGAUAAAAAGUUUAAAAGAAGAGCUCGCAGAAGCGUUAAGUGCUGAAGCGGAGUUGAUUCAAGCCUCACCUUUGGGCAAAAUUGAGCGCUCCAUAAUUAAAUCUGCACCGAUAGACAUAAUCCCUAAAGGUAGUGGUUCCCAGAGAUCCUCUCUUGAAAUGACUGAUGAGGAAAUUGAUUUGGAGAUUGAGAACAUUAAAAGAAAAAAAUCACUUGAAAAAGAGAAGAAAAUGUCUGUGACUGCAGAGAGUAAGAUAGAAGAUUUGUGCAGUCAGAUUAACUCUGCCAUUGUUACGGCUUCUGAGGCAACUGGGUGUAUGUCUUUCAAAUCUCAACUGAGUUGCAACAAAUAUGAUGACAACAUUAGCUUUCAGAAUACAGAUGAGGAAAUAAAUGUAAAUGAAAAUAUGAUAUUAGCUGAUUCUGAGGCAAUGGCUUUACAUGUGGAUAGUACUAAAUGUGAUAUGGUGUCUGAAGACAUCGGGACUGAACAGAACAUUGCAACUGAUAAUAAAGAACCAAACAUUGAGAAUAAUAUAACCGAGGAAUCUGACAAUAUGGGGCCCAGUGAGAGUGGCAACCGGUUUUCAGCUUCACAGAAUAGAACUAUUUCAGAAAGAGACUCUGCAAACCACAGUCCGGUGGAUCCCAUGUUAGCUAGCCCUUCAACAUGUCAUUUUUCAGAUAAUCACAGUGAAGGUUCCAGUGAUAGUGGUAAAGGAUGUUCAGAAGCAGCCAGUCCACCGCCUGCAAAUAUAAAUAUGAGAAUACACCAAUUUGUAAUACCACAGGCUCUGGUUGGUCUAUUAAUAGGAAAAUAUGGCUCAUUUGUAACUAAAAUUAAAGCACAAACUGGAGCAACGGUUUAUGUCAGAAGACAUCCAGACUUAGCCAAGCAAAAAAUCUGUGCAGUUGAAGGUACUCAAGGUGAAAUUGAAGCAGCUUUAGAGAUGAUAAAUGAAAAAUUCCCAGAAAAGAGAUUCCCAAACUUCUCCACACAAGAAAUUAGUGCAGAAUUAUAUCAAAGACUGACACCUUUAGUACCAGAGUUCCUUCAAUUGCAGCUGGUGGAGUCGGUGAAUAACGACACAAUCAUGACGUGCCUGGUGAGCGCGGGCCACUUCUUCCUGCAGCAGCCGCUGCACCCCACCUUCCCCUCGCUGCACGCGCUGCACCGCCUCAUGGCCGCCACGUACCAGCAGCCGGACGUGCCGGCGCUGCCCCGCCCGGUGAAAGAGGGUUCCAUCUGCGCGGCGCCCACCGAGAACAACUGGUACCGGGCGCAGGUGAUAUCCACGUCGGAGGAGAGCGACACGUCGGUGGUGAAGCUGGUCGACUUCGGCGGCUACCUCACCGUUGACAACGACCAGCUCAAGCAGAUCCGCUCCGACUUCAUGACCCUGCCCUUCCAGGCGACGGAAGCGCUGCUAGCAUUCGUCAAACCAGCCAAAAACGAGGCGGACUGGAGCGGCGAGGCGCUGCGCAUCAUGGCGGGGCUGACGGCGGGGCAGCUGCUGCACGCGCAGGUGGCCGGCUACGACGAGGAGGGGCUGCCGCUCGUACACCUUUACCUCACACUCAGCCCUCAGCAAGUGAUAUUCCUAAAUAGAGAGCUAGUGGACCGCGGGCUGGCGGAGUGGGACGUGCCGCCCGACUCGUGAGCGCGCGCCCGCACCGUGAGCUUGCGCGCCUCAAACCUGCCGAAGUGAAGCGAUCCCACAACACGAGGCGCGUGUCUCUUGCGUUCCUCAGAUAAAUCAGCACUCUGUGCUGAUUAAAUUUGUAAACGUUUUGAUUGGUGACUUAUUUUUUGGUUGUACCUAUUAAUAACGAAAUUUAAAAACGCGAUUGCGAAUUUUAUUCGUUGACUUGGUUACGUACCAUUGCUGACUAAAUGUAAAAAAAUUACCAGUUCAUAUUUGUAUGGACUCAUACUUUAAUAAUAUUUUAUAAUCCAUACUAAAAUUACAAAUGCGAAGUGUGUCUGUCUGAUAGCUUUUCACGGUCCAUCUGUUAAACCGAUUAUGACGACAUUUGGUACUCAGAUAGCUUGCAUCCCGGGAAAGGGCAUGGACUACUUUUUAUCCCGGAAAACGAGUUCCCACGGGAUUUUCAAAAACCUAAAUCCACACGAACGAAGUCGCGGGCUUCAUCUAGUAUGGUAUAUUAGGGACUUGAUACAGCAAGCGCCCCGGGCGCGUGGACGCGACUCGAAAAUAAAAAGUAUGACUCAAUGGAAUAAAAUGAGCGCACGGCGGGCGCUUGUCGUAUGAAUUCCCUACGACUAGACUGUAGAUUGUAUUCGCUUCGCGUCAGCGGCCACGGGUCGGAUCUCACGACUGAGUUUUGGAAAGAUCGGUGUAUGUACUAUGAGGAAAUGUGCAUCGAUAAAAUAUAACAGAUUCUUUUUGCAACGAAAUCCGCACGCCCGGUCGCAAUGACGCUUGGUCUUCUCGUGUCUAAGCAACCACAAAUUACACAUUUAAAAUUCAAUACGCUUACAAAUGAACUAUACUAACUGUAGUGAAUUAAUAGUAACGAAAAAUAUACCUAUUAUACUUUCUCGUAGUUGAACUAGUAGUUAUAAUUUGGCGCUUGUGUAAGUUUAUCGUAAUAUUGCGUUUUUAUUUAGAAACCCUUUUUGUAGUGAUGUUAAGUGUUGGUCAGGAUGCUCAUUAUAAUACUACAAUAACACAGCACUGCCGUCUGCAUUUUACAUAAUUAAUUUUUUACUUAACUUUUCUCUAUUUCUCAGUUUUACGCAGUGCCAAUAGCCAUCGUAAUAGAAACGAAUUUUUCAUAAUAAUUGUAUUAGAUUCUGGAUUUCGCCUUUCGAAUUGUGGCCUUUGAAAUACACUUUUCUUCCCCUUGAACUUCCUAUGUGUAUAAAUGAAUUAUUGUUAGUAUAAUAAAUGGUAUUGUACUACCUGCAUUUUGCAAAAGAAGGUUGUAAAUUUAACUGUGACAAAUUGUAUCCUGUGCAUAAAAUAAUGUGUAAUUAUUGUUAAAUAUUUUGUAAAAUAUCAAAGUACAAUUUAGUAUUGUGUGAUUGCUUUGAGUGGUGUUUAAAUUAGAUUUGGUAUGAAAAAGAUGAUUGAAAGGUGUAACUGUUAAGUUUUCGAGAACACCACCAGUUUUGCCACCUCAACUGAAUUUGUUUGGAGUAGGAACCUCAAACAAAAUAUGAGUUACAUGGCAAAUAGUAAUUACAAAUCGUGAACAAAGCUCUAUGGAUCUCUAAAAAAAUUAUUUGUUAUUCAUGGCUAGAUGUUAAUUUGAAAAUACAAAAGUAGAUAAAUUAUGCCUAAUUCAAAUAAAAUCUUUAUGGCAUAAGACGGCAAUCGGUCAACAAAUGCGCCGUUACUAAAAAUAUUCUUCCUCAAAACUUCAACAAAUUUUUUUCAGGAGGCAUUACGAUUUACAAAUACUAUGGUCAUUAUUCAAAUAUAAUGUCGAAUAUUGACCAUUAUAAAACAAAUACUGCUGAUUGAGAUUGAGUAAAUGUUAAAUUUUUAUUGUUAUAAUGAGCAUGUCGAUAUUCCUGACUUUAGAAUAAUAAUGUACAUAAUAGAACGUUUAGGUAGUUACUAAAAAAACAAUUGAUAUGUUUGUUUUCUAAAAAUUCAUUCAGUAUUUUUAGUAUGUUGGAAAAAUUAUUUUUGUUAGUAAAUUGAAUUUGUUUACGUAGGACGUACGUGCGUAUUGCGUAGGACGUGGCAGGCUAUAACUUAGACGAUUUUAAUUUUUAUAGUUUUAAGAUAUAUCGAGGGUGUCGACGAUACGCUGCAAAUUCGGAUGUAAUAAUAUUAAAAUCCUAAGUUAAGGUUGUUUGUUCGCAGAGUUCACGCAUUCAAUUGGUGAUACCAGAGUGUGAAUUGAUUUACUUUGUAGCUAGCUCUACGUUUGCAUUUUGUUAACGUCCUUACUGUAUAUACUUAACUAAUAUAUUUGUGGUUAAAUCAAUAAAUUAUCGUUUCAAAAAUG